GGGCCCUGGGGAGUCUGAGAGGGCAGAAAGGACUCUGAGAGAGGAGCACACCUGGCACCUGGUGACCCCCGACGUGAUUUCUCGGGACGAGGAAGAGUCUGGCAGCGGAUGGCAGGAGGAAGCAGGGCUCUGGCCUGCUGGUGAAGGGAGCCAGGCCUACAUUAGAGUGUAUCUUCUGUGGAGAAGCAGUGCUUCGUUCUUAAAGGGACAGAGUGCAUUUGUAAGAGCAGUGACCUCGUGCUCCACUAACAUGGCCUCAGAGAAGGACCUAGACAAGAGCUGGGAGGAGAAGCAGUGCCCAGAGAGUAAGAUGGAGCAGACCAAGUGCAGCCUGAAGAAUGAGGAGAAAGAUCUCAAGACAGAGAAUGAUAAUGAGGGGAAUGAUGACUGUGAUGAUGUUGAGUAUGAGGAUGAUGUUCAGGGUGAAGAUGACCAUGAUGAGGAGGAGGAAUAUGAAGAAGAGAUUGAGUUGCUCUCAGCCCCCUCUAUGCCAGUCAAGCAGCUGCCUCAGUGUCCUGAGUGUGGGCAGAGCUUCAAAGGGCACUACAGGUUGAUUGAACACCGCCGAAGCCACACGGGCGAGAAGCCCUUCAGCUGUGCUGACUGUGACAAGAGAUUCACAGAGCGCUCAAACCUCAUUGUCCACCGCCGAACCCACACGGGCGAGAAGCCCUUCAGCUGUGCUGACUGUGACAAGAGAUUCACACAGCGCUCAAACCUCAUUGCCCACCGCCGAACCCACACGGGCGAGAAGCCCUUCAGCUGUGCUGACUGUGACAUGAGAUUCACACAGCACUCACACCUCAUUGUCCACCGCCGAAUCCACACGGGCGAGAAGCCCUUCAGCUGUGCUGACUGCAGCAAGAGUUUCACUCACAAGUCUGACCUCACCCAGCACGGCAGUGUGCACACCACUGAGAAGUCCUUCAGCUGUGGGGACUGUGGAAAGACCUUCAAACGCAGCUCCACUCUCACCAUCCACCGCCGCACGCACACCAGAGAGCACCUGUACCCCUGUGCAGAGUGCAGCAAGAGCUUCACCACGAGCUCACAGUUGAUCCAGCACAGACUCAUCCACAGCGGUGAGAAACCCUACAGCUGCAGGGACUGUGGCAAGACCUUCACCCAGAGCUAUCACCUCACCCAGCACCGUCGUGUCCACAGUGGUGAGAAGCCCUUCACCUGCUCUGACUGCAGCAAGAGCUUCACCUGCAGCUCUGCCCUCACCAAGCACCAUCGUGUCCACAGCAGUGAGAAGCCCUUCAGCUGCUCUGACUGCGUGUGAUGGUUUAGGCUCUUACCUGCCCCCCCCCCCACUUUGUAUUUUCCCCAGCUAACUCAGAAGGGACUCCAGGAAUAUAAAUGAAGCUAUUUGUUUUACAGCAGCAAAUAUACAAGCAGCUAUUCACAAUAUAUACAGUUAUAUACAGAAAUAUACAAAGGAUAAACAAUACAGAAGCACAACUCCCCUCCCAGAAACCUGAGUCCCCAGGAGGGGCUCUCAAACCACCCCAACACCUCCCCUUGCCCUCUCAACCUUACCCCAGUUCUCAGAAAGCAGAGAGGUGCAGCCAAGAGGUUAGGGAGCAAGGUAAGUGGCAGCAAGGUUAAUGAGAUGCAGCUUCGUCAAAGCCCAGAAGCAAAGUGAGAGACAAAAUGGAGAAUGCUAUCAAAUGUUUUCUUCUUCUUCCCAGAACUCUCAGCGUGACUGUGAGAGAAGUUGACAUCACCAUUGUUUUCAUUUUUCACAGCCCAUUAUCUAGUUCUUUUACCAAAACAUUCCAGCUUGCUUCAAACUAGCACACUGCGGCAAGAGCUUCACCUGUAGCUCUGCCCUGACCCAGCACCGUCGUGUCCACAGUGGUGAGAAGCCUUCACCUGCUCUGACUGUGGCAAGAGCUUCACCCGCAGACACACUCUCACUUCCCACCACUGUACCCACACUGGCGACCAAGCCAUGCUGCAGGGCAAGCACAAAUAGUCCCAGCCCGGGUCUGUGGGGGUUAUUGCACCCUCACCCUGAGAAGGCCUUUCCAGCAGAUUGAACCAAAAUCUCCUCUUUUCCAGAUGCAUUUCUCAGAGGCUGGGGGCUCCAGCAGGAACCAACACCUCCUGCCCUGUUGAGCACCAAUCAGUGCUGCUGAGAAUCAUGGCAGUGCUGAGUCAGCACAGCCAGAGCUGCUGUUGGAGCUGGGCUGAGCUGUGCAGGGAUUUGUCUGGUUCUUUCCCCCUAUGCUUUGUGUGUCCCUGGGGUAAAGCCCCUCCUGCCCCGUGCCCAGGUGUGUCAAUAAAAGCCCACAGUGACCCAAA